CGAGAUUACACUGUCACUUCUUAUCUUAAGUUGACUUUUAGUAAUGGAAAUCUCUUGUGCACGGUUGUUUUGAACACAACUUUUAUUUGUUCCUCUAGAUACAAUUCGUAUCCGUCUAUUGAAUAUUCAUGUUAAAUUAUGAUUAACUUAUCUCAAAUGUGAUUGGAUAGUACUCUGGUUUAUCACCACCCCCUUUAGGUGAGAAAAUGACAAUAUUUUGAUAAAUGAGCUUGGCAGAUAACACAUCUCUAAAUUAAACAUUGAACUAUUUGCGAAUAAGACCUAACUCUAUAGAUUGGAGUGUUACUCGAGUGAAAUUGGAAAUCAAACUUACGGCUAUAGAUCAAGGAAAAGUGACAGGAUAAAAAUUUACAUGUUUAAUACAACUUUGCUUAAAGGAAAUAAAAUGAGAAGAAAAUAGAUGAUAUGUGGAGAGAGAGAUAUGGAAUAGAGGCUGUAUUUAGACAAGUUAUAGAAUAAACUUAAUGGAGAUAAUGUGAAUAUCUCGUGUGUUGUAUUUUACUGAGUAGUUAACUUCAAAGCUGUAAGAAACCACAUUGAAUCUGGUGAACUUUCACAACUGACUAAUGAUUGACGUGGUGGGUUACGGUCAGUAUAACCGGCAGCUUUCCGGUAUCCAUGACAACGGCGGAAUGUCUGUACCACAUGGUGCCAGGAUGUCACCCGGAAACUCACUUCAUACUUUACUUCCGGUGUCACAAGAGAUACAGCACGUUCAACACACACAACACACUUCCGUCAUCAAGAAACUUGAUCAUUCCGUCGAAUCAUUUAUUCCUAGUACAAAUCAACAUCAGCAUAAUAUAAAUCAAAACAAUGAUUCAAGCAUUAUGCAAAGUGAAAGUUUCGAUGCUCCCAACGAAUCGAUGAUUGACGAUGAAUUCAGUGAUCACGAUUCUCAUUAUUCUGAAGACCUCGAAGAUAUUGACAUGGAGUUGGAGCCAAAACCGGAUAUGACGAAACAAUUAUUAAAUUUCGCGACUAUGGUUAGCACCGAUAUUCAGAAAUUUUUUGGAAGAAAGAAAGGAGAGGACGAUUCCUGCGAUAUAUAUGAAGACAAAUGGAAAUCUACAAAAUCUGGUAGAGAACUUUACUACGCCGAUCUAAUGAAAAUUGUUCACGGCGAGGAUAAAGCAAACGGGAAAACCGGUGGCAAUAAAUCUCCUCCUCUUCUUGAUAUUUCAAACUCUGUAAGUGAAAAGAAGGACAAUAGAAGUUCAUUUACUGGGAAAUUUGAUAAGAAAUUAGGUAUAGGCCCUCUGAAUGAAUUAUUCGAAUAUGGGUUACGGCAUUUUUUGACUGACAAGAAAUUAAAACACACCAAAGAAUUAAAACGGCUUAAGUCCGAUUCAAAGAAAUUCGAUAGUGUUGCCCCAAUGCAUUCAAGAAAGUUACCGACGUCAUUUUGGAAAGAGCCUGGUUCCCAACAAACAAACUCUUCUGGAGAAACCAGACAAAAUGGCGGGAAUUCUGUGCUUCAAUCGAACAACCCUCCAGACUUCAGUGAUCUGUUAGAAAGCUGGAGACUUGAUCGAAAUGAAUUUAGUGGCGACAUGUCUUCAAGUGAAGUAAGCAUGUCGCCAGAAUCGGUCUGAAGUUAACUGACACCAUAUAUUUACAUAGAUGCAAAAUGUCUACGCACACAUCAUGUGUAAGUAGGUUUAGGGUAAUUGGUAAACUGUUACAAUACUGUGUUCCACAAGUGCUCGUCUAUAUACAUAGGGGAAUUGCAGUCUUGAAGUCGUUGAAGAUGUAAGUUAGUGGCGCAGGAUUGCAAACAUAACUAGUCAUUACUUUAAUUUGUCAUACGUCAAUGUGACUUGAGAUAUUAAAGACAAUGUUGUGUGUUCAUUAAAACUUUAAAUGUUGACAAGUACAGUUUCUUGUGUAGGGAAAUAAAUUGGGAAAAAAUUAUUUUAGUGACAUUAAAUUAUAUUGAUUAAAGUGUUAUUGUAUGGCCAUAAGAUAAAAGGAUAAAAUUCAAACUUUGACUUAAGCGUGCUUUAAAACGUUCUGUUAGCUCUUGUACAAAAAUUAUUGUAUAAACGAUCAUCGUUAUCUAAUACGCAAGCACUAAAUUGUAUAAAGCUUGAAGUACAGUGAAACAAAAGAAGUAUCAAUACAUAGAAUUAAUCUCUAAUUUUUAAAAUGUUGAUAAAUAUGAGACAAGGUUUGCAUAGAUUACAAUAAUUUGAUCGGUUUUUUAACAGAUAUUACAUUGUCAUCUUUAAAUUAUAUUGACUGGAUUUCAUAUCGAAUGAAAAAAAAAUAAUGAAAAAAGAAAACUUCAAAACGAAAAACAAAAUAAAUUUGUGCUAUUGUAGAUAUUAUUUUGUUCAAAGCUUUUUUUUUAUUGAUAUGUGCAUGUAUUAUCAAUUAAGAUAUUAAUUCAACGUCAAUAAAAUGAGGUGUUCAAUGAUUUUUGCUUACAGCUGAAACUGAUAAAUAUCCAACUUUAUAUAUAUCUUAUACAUAUGAGCAUUCUAAAGAUUGACAUGCUCAAAGUUGAUAUUUGAAAAUAUUGAAAAUUGCUACGCUGUGUCUUUGUAAAUGUAAAAUAAGCAUGUUUCGACAUAUUCCUAGAUUUGUUUUCAAUGAUUUUCUCACUUAAUUGGGAAGAGGCCAAAGUCUCUUGAUUUUGGGAAAAAUUAUCGCUAAAAUUGCUAAUUUGGGAAGCUAAAAGCAGGUUUAAGUUCAGAUUUUUGGGAAAACUCCGUAAUUUAAAAAAAAAAAUCAUUUGGAAAAAGGCCUUUUAUCGGAGACUGUUAUAUAAGCAUAUGACAAAGGAUUUUCCGUUAAAAGAGGUUUUUUUUUGUUUUGUGCUGAAAUAUUAAUUGAUUCUAUACAAAAAAUUUAAUUACAUUUUACAUUAUUUUUCUUUUUUUUAAAUAUUACUUUUACCAUUAUCGGUGCUGUUUAUGGAUACAAAUUAAUUAAACUGUGUUGUUUAUACCAUGCUGCUGCUGUUGUUGGUGUUGUUGUUGUUGUUGUUUUUAUGUUGCUGGUACAUUUGUACCUGGGCGCGGAAGAGCUGAUCUGAACUGUAAAUAACCCUUUGUUUUUUGUAUUAAGUAAGUUUCAAUUGAUAAAUGUUAUGAUUAUUUUUCAAUGUGUAAAUGAUAACUUUCCCAAAAGAGUGAAUAAGAGGUGUAAGUUGUUUUACUUAUUAUUGGCAUAAUGGUUGAUUUAAAAGAUAUAUUAGUACAAGUUUUUUCUCUCUUUUUUAAGAACGCUGAAUGUUUUGUGUGAACGCUUCUUUAACAUGAAGUUAUAUGUUAUAAAUGAAACUGUAUAUAGUAUAUCAGGUCUUAAUAAAGGCAAUUUUGUUUUAUUCAUGUGUUUAACUGUUUUUAAAAAUUAAAUUCCAUUGGACAAAUAUUAUUGAUAUGGUUCUGAUGUUUAAAAAUUCUAUAUAUGCCAAAAAAAAUCAAAAACAAAAAACAAUACUAAAAACAAAGUAAUAAACAUAUUUCGUGAAAACGUGUUCGUAAAAAAAAGAUUUACUUCCCUGGAUGCUUUUUCGUCUCUUCAUUUUGUUCAGUAUUCAGGAGAUAAAGAGGGAUAAUAUAUCCGUUAAUAUUUUUUUCUUAAUAAUUUUUGCUGCAUCACUGCAUUGCAGUUGUGAACAGCUGUCUAUUUGUUUUCAGUAAUAAUAAUUCUACAUUGUAACCGAAAUAUUUUUUUUUUCUAUUAUAAGUACUGUAUUGUGUCAGACUUUGAUUUAUUUUGAGAGAAACAUGUGUUAUUGUAUACGUUCUAUGUUAUUACUCAAGUCUCGGGUAAGCAGGGUAAAUAUUGUGUCACAUGUAUUGAAAAUUACUGUUCAUAAUAUAUGUUUUGUCUUAUGUAUAAUUAAAAGGUGAAAAAUCG